CGGGGCCCGGCACCGCGGAAGGGCCUGUCGGGGCCGCGCCGCUCUGGCGGGGGCGCCCGCGGACCCGGGCGGGGCCACGCCGCACUACAAGUCCCAGGGGCGGCGGGAGCUCCUGUCGGAGCGGGGCUGUCGGAGCUCCUUGUACGGGCACAGACCUUGCAGUGGCCUCGGAAGCAUGCGGCUGUGGCGCUGGGGGCCCUGAAGACCGCCUGGCUCGCAGGGAGGAAUGCUCCGGUGGGCAGUGCACUUGGAAGGGGGGCCACGGAGGGUGAACCACGCGGCCGUGGCUGUGGGCCACAAGGUCUAUUCCUUCGGUGGCUACUGCUCUGGAGAGGACUAUGAGACCCUGCGGCAGAUCGACGUCCACGUUUUCAACGCAGUGUCUCUGCGCUGGAUCAAGUUGCCUCCAGUGUGGACAAACAGCCGAGACCACGUGAGGGAGGUGCCCUACAUGAGGUAUGGACACUCAGCAGUGCUCAUCGACGACACCGUCUACAUUUGGGGCGGUCGCAACGACACGGAGGGAGCCUGCAACGUUCUCUAUGCUUUCGAUGUCAACACACACAAGUGGUUCACACCAAAGGUGUCUGGAAUGGUCCCAGGGGCAAGAGAUGGGCACUCAGCUUGUGUCCUGGCAAAGAGCAUGUUUAUCUUUGGAGGCUAUGAACAGCUGGCUGACUGCUUUUCAAAUGAUAUCCAUAAAUUGGACACCACAAACAUGACGUGGACCUUAAUCUCUGCCAAGGGUACUCCAGCUCGCUGGAGAGACUUUCAUUCAGCCACCAUCAUUGGAACAAAGAUGUACGUGUUUGGUGGCAGAGCUGAUCGGUUUGGGCCAUUUCACUCUAACAAUGAGAUCUACUGUAACCGAAUUAAAGUGUUUGAUACAGAAACCAACUCCUGGCUGGACUCCCCUCCCACUCCCGUGCUCCCCGAGGGCAGGAGGAGCCAUUCAGCCUUCAGCUACAACGGGGAACUCUAUGUAUUUGGUGGCUACAAUGCACGCCUGAACAGACACUUCCAUGACCUCUGGAAAUUCAAUCCAGUUUCUCUUUCUUGGAGGAAGAUUGAGCCCAAGGGGAAGGGGCCGUGUCCUCGGCGCCGGCAGUGCUGCUGCAGAGUGGGGGACAGAAUCAUCCUCUUUGGAGGUACCAGCCCAUCUCCAGAGGAGGGAAUGGGUGAUGAAUUUGACCUGAUGGAUCACUCGGAUCUCUACAUCCUUGACUUGAGCCCCAGUCUGAAGACGCUGUGUAAGCUAGCAGUGAUUCAGUACAGCCUGGACCAGUCCUGCCUUCCCCACGACAUCAGAUGGGAGCUCUCAGCCAUGACAACCAACAGCACCAUCAGCCGCCCCAUUGUCUCCAACCAGGGCUGAAGAGAACUCGUCCUUCUACCACCCUGCCCUCACCCUUCCACAUACUGACCUCUUGCUCCACUGCCUGCAUGAAUUUUUAGCCCUUUCAAGCAA